CGCUUUUUUUUUUUUUUUUUUAUCCUAAAAGGUAACACAGUGGGCAGAGUCAUCACACAGACGGGCUGAACUGGAGCUGGAGUCGGGGCUGUUACUGGAUUGCUCAACGCUUGUGUCACCAGGAGGCUGGACUGGUCGGGCGGAGUGUUUGAGCUCAGAGCUCCACAUCAGUGGAGCGUACUCACUCUCAACCUCCCUGCGAGUGAGGCGGUUUCUCUUUCUCUCUCUAUCUCUGUCUCUCUGUCUGUCUGUCUCUCUUUUUCCUUCUAUCUGUCGGUGAUCUUUGGGAUUGGAUUUUUUUUCCUCACCGCAAGUACAUCGGACGCAGCGCUCAAAAAAAAAAAAGGACGUUGGAUUAUUAGUCCCAGAAGUCUAAGACGGAAGGAAUGGAGCUCACAGUGUAUAUGUUCUGUUAGGACGCGUCCUGAACGAAGUGGAAUCCCUCUCGCUCUCUCUUUUCUUAAUCACAUUUUGUCCUAAUGGUGAAUCGGCCCUUCAGGAUGAACUUGCAGUGCAGCAGCCCGGUGGCUCCCUGCAUCCGAAGAGUCGCCCACAAGCGCCUGGACUCAGACGACCAGCCGCCGGCCAAAUGCCCGAGGCUGAGUUCCGAUUCGGGGGACCCGCAGGGACUCCUGGGCACGUCCCCCAGCUCCCCGGUGAGCCCCGCGGCCAACCCGAUCCCCGCGACCCACCAGGGACCGUCCAGGAUAGGCGCGUUCCUGCUGCUACCCCUGGCGGACCGGGAGAGCGCGCACGGCGCGCUGAACACCGACACCGGCGACGAGCUGCUGUGCAAGGUCUUUGAUAUGGGGGUAUACCAAGAGAAGAUCAGAGCCUAUGGAGUUCUGCCGCCUCACAGGAACGUGGCCAGCAUCAGGGACAUCAUCCUGGGGGAGCGCAGGGCGUACAUCUUCCUGGACAAGGACUUUGGGGACAUGCACACCCUGGUGAAGAGCUGCAGACGACUGGACGAGGAGCAGGCCCGAAGGUUGUUCCGACAGGUGGUCCUGGCCGUGGCGCACUGCCACCAGGCGGGCAUCGUGCUGGGCGACCUCAAGCUGCGCAAGUUUGUCUUUGCAGACGAGAAAAGGACACACGUGAGACUAGAGAGCCUCGAAGACUGCCGCAUCCUCGAGGACCCCAAAAGAGACUCUAUAUCAGACACCCACGGGUGCCCCGCCUACGUCAGCCCCGAGAUCCUCAGCGGCUCCACGCCGUACUCCGGCAGGAUGGCCGACAUGUGGAGCCUGGGCGUCAUGCUCUACACGAUGCUGGUGGGUCGCUAUCCCUUCCACGACCCGGACCCGGCCACGCUGUUCUCCAAAAUCCGCCGGGGCCAGUGCUGCUUGCCUGAAGGCUUGUCGCCGAAGGCCAAGUGUUUGCUCCAGAGCCUGCUGAGGAAAGAGCCUUCAGAGAGACUAACGGCAGCCGAGCUGCUCGCUCACCCGUGGUUCCACCUGCCGCCGUCGCCCCAGGAUGCGGCGUCGGGCGAGCAGGAGGUGAGCUCGGCGGAACAGACCGUCCCGUCCUUUGAAGUGGAGGAGGACGAGGAUCUGUUCUGCUGACAGACUCGGGCGGAGAGUCUGACCCUAGAGACCAGAACAGAUCUCGCUCUGAAAGGAGUCACCGUCGGUUUUUUUUUUGUACAUUGGCACUUUUUUUAGAAACCCAUACGUGUACUGUUGUGUGUACAAAAAAAAAAAAAACCUCAAGCUUUCUACAGAAACUCACUGUACUGUAUUCCGAUGUCUUGUAUGUGUUACUUUGCUAAGGGCAUUGCUCACAAUGGUCGUUCAUUGUGCAUUUUGUGCAUUUUAAAACAAUAGAAGGUGCUAAAAAGAAAUCACGGCGAAUCAGAAUUUGUCAGAUCACGUUGAGAGGGAAUAUUCUCCGCAGGGCUUCUUUGAAGUGUAUCACAUGAAUUUCCCUCUGGGCUCGCGCUCGUGCGGCUUCGCAGAGCUUCACAUUAGCUGAAUCUCAAGCGCGAUGGCUGGGGUUGUUGUUCCUCUCACUCUCCGGCUGACUCAACAGCUGACUGGAGGACGGGCCAAGCUUGUGCCCGACGUCCCCGAGCAGACAGCGGCACGGAGCAGGAAAGAUGGUUUAGGAAGGGACUCGUGUGUCACACUCAGCGUGACACCACGGAGGUGUCGCGCCGCCGAUCUGGCAGCGUCUGAGCGAGCGCAGAUCAUUUACAAAUCUCACACCAUGUGCAGAAGGUUGAGAAAGGCAGGAUGUUGCUGGUGUAAGACUUGUCACGCUCAGUCAGCAACUAAUAGUGACACCAGGUCUGAAAGAAGUCCUUGUAAAUAGCAGGCAGACGAGAGGCUUUAACUUAUUUGUGGCCUGUUAUUUUUAUUUUUUUUUAAAGUUAAAAAAAAAAUGCAAACCAGUGAUUAAAUUAUCUGAUCUGAUGCUGCAGCUGUUGUAGCCACAGCUGGGUAUGGCUCACUGUGAAAUUAUCACGCUGUAACACUGAGUUUCAAAGUAUUUAGAUAAAACAUUAAUCAAAAGUGAUUAGCAUGACCUUAAAAAGAAAAGCAUUUUUUAUUAUUAUUAUUAUUAUUUAAAAAUCUCGAAUGAUGACCGCUGAAUCGUAACGUGCUCGUUGGCUAAAAAAAAAAAAAAAAACUUCAGCUGUUUGACGGAUCAGGCUGUAAGCUCGUUUGCAGGCAAGCUCUUAAUUUUGCCAAAUUUAAAACAGCAUUACUUCCACAGCUUGCACUCUGUUGGUGUUGUCUGCAAAACUAAAAAAAAAGCCUUUUGCAUUUUUUAUAAGAAACAAAAAAAAAUGUAGCAGCCUUCUUUGGGCCAGCUGACCAGAAAGUGAGCAGCAGCGGGUGGGGGAGGGGCAGCAUUGCCCUGCUUUAUGCUCUUGGAGAACACGCUACCCACUCUGACACUUUCUCCUAAAUUGAUUUCAAACCAGACAAACUGUAUAAUAGUUCAUUUUCACCUUGGUACACCUUGAUACCAGUAACCGGCCCACUUCCAGGUAAAUCUAACACUAAUGCUGUUUGUAGAAACAACGCUUCAAGCAGGCCUCAUUUGAAAGAUUGUCACUCGAUGAAACAGAAACUCAUCAGCGACUUUGAGAUUUCAGUGGAGAACCAACCAACACUAAGUUAAAGUCGUACCCACCCCCCACCCUAAAUUGCAAAGAACGUCUUUGUGAGAAACUCUCAGCUCAGGACAGAAAGCGAAACGUCGUAUAGAGAGAUUUGGAAAUUUUCUCGGCCCGCUCAGUCAAACCUGUUUUUUUAGCGCCGUCUGGAACAUCGCGUCGGCAUCCUGUGUCCGAACAAAGCCGAGCCGGCAGCCGAUCGCACAGUCUGGCGUUAUACAAUGUCUGUCGAUGACUCAGCGCUUAAGCCUGUCGCUAGAGACUGACUCUGACCUUGGCUGGAGGACUCUGCUCAGACCAGUUCACAUUUCUACUAACACUUUUUUUUUUUAAAAAGAAAAAAAAUAUCAUUUUUCUUUGUCAACUGGGAUGGUGAUGUACAAAGCCUAAAAGAGAAAUUAACAUUGUUUUGUUUUUGACAAAAAAACGGAGAGUUGCAAGACCUUUGCCUGCUUUUUCCAAUUCUGACACGAUAAUCUUGACAAGGGUACUAAAUCUGGUACGUCUGACGAGUGAUUAACCUUUCAUUUCCGGGUCAUACAAUAGCUUAUCAGAAAACCUGUUCUCUCGUUUGCUGGAGAUGGCAAGAGACUUGUGAUAGCUCGCGUUGUUCCUCCUAAAGAAGUUAUUUAGGACGUUUAUGAUUUUGUUGCUUUAUAUCUGUAGAGUGAGUCGAUCAUGUGACGUGUAAAGUAAACUGACACGGGUGCACAAUCUCCUUAUUGCACUGUGAAUCAUGCAUUUGUGACACAACCCCGGGGGCUUCGUCAGCCCCGAACGGUUACAUGUGAGAGUUAUAUUCAGUGUACAAAGUGUGUAAAUUUGUAUAUUUGAAGUAUAUGUGGAGUCAUUGAAUAAAGAUCACAGUUUUUCGUA